UUACUGAAAAAAAUCAAUUGAUCGAGCGAAGAGGAUACUAAAAGAAACUAAACCAAAACAAUGUUCAAAAUAAUUGCUAUCAUCGCUCUUCUUGGUAAGUAAACGAUUAUGUAAAUUUAGAUCUUAAUACUAAAAAAAGAAAAUAUUAUUAUAGUGAUUGGAUCCUAUGCAAGUAAAAUUUCUGUAUCAUCAAGUGGUGCAUAUGUUGCUCGAUGUUUUAUUGAUAUAAAAGAUAGUUCAAGUGCAUUCACAUUAGCUAGUGGAAAUAUUUAUGCUGGUCAAAAAUUUGAUAUGGAACUUCCUGAGGAUAUUACAUGGAUGAAAAUUCGUUGUGAAAAUCAACGUUUUAUUGGUAAAUGGGAUGAUGUUUUUUCACAAGAACUAAGUGGUCCACGACCACUUUGUUAUAAAGUUGGUGGUACUACAUUCCAUCCAACUUAUUCAGCAACUAUUUGUUAG